AUGGCAGCGGCGCCGAAGCCGCUCCGGCGGCGGUGGGCGCUCCUGGUGGUGACGCUGCUCGCCGUGGUCGCCGCAGCGGUGGCGCAGGACUACGGCGACGAUGACGAGGAGGACGAGAAGAAGAAGCCGCAGUACAAGGCGCAGGAGGCGUGCAACGGCGUGUUCCUGUCGUACACGUUCAUGGAGCGCACCAAGGAGUACCCGCACCUGAAGAACGCGACGGCGCAGCCGUACGCGUUCAAGGCGACGGCGACGGUGCUCAACACCAUGACCGAGGACCUCAAGGCGUGGCAGCUGUUCGUGGCCUUCCAGCACAAGGAGAUCCUCGUGUCCGUCGGCGGCGCCGUGCUCCUCGACGGCUCCGACUUCCCCGCCAACGCCUCCGGCGGCGUCACCUUCGCGGGGUACCCGAUGGCCGACCUCCUCAACUCCAUCGAGACCGCCGGCGAGAUGUCGCUGAUCGAGAGCAAGAUCGAGAUCACCGGCACCCAGUUCGGCGUCAAGGACCCCGGCACGCCCAUGCCCAAGACCAUCAAGCUCACCAACCCGGCCGGCUUCCGGUGCCCCGCACCCACCCGCAAAGGCAGCGUCAUGUACGCGUGCUGCGUCAAGGACCGCAAGUUCAAGGCGAAGAAGGCCAACAGCACGCGGUUCCAGACCCGGCAGAAGGCCGACCUGACCUUCGCCUACGACGUGCUGCAGGCCACCGCCAACAACUACCAGGUGCAGGUGACCAUCGACAACUGGAGCCCCAUCAGCCGGCUCGACAACUGGAACCUCACCUGGGAGUGGAAGCGCGGCGAGUUCAUCUACAGCAUGAAGGGCGCCUACACGCUGCUCAAGGAAGGCCCCGCCUGCAUCUACAGCCCCGCCGCCGGCUACUACAAGGACCUCGACUUCACCCCCGUCUACAACUGCGAGAAGCGCCCCGUCAUCGUGGACCUGCCGCCGGAGCGGGAGAAGGACAACGCCGUCGGGAACGUCCCCUACUGCUGCAAGAACGGCACCCUGCUGCCGCCGACCAUGGACCCGUCCAAGUCGCGGGCCAUGUUCCAGAUGCAGGUGUUCAAGAUGCCGCCGGACCUGAACCGCACGGCGCUGUACCCGCCGCAGAGCUGGAAGAUCUCCGGCAAGCUCAACCCGCAGUACACGUGCGGGCAGCCCAUCCGGGUGAGCCCCCAGGAGUUCCCGGACCCGACGGGGCUCCUGUCCUCCACCCCCGCCGUGGCGUCGUGGCAGGUGGCCUGCAACAUCACCCGCCCCAAGAAGCGCGCCUCCAAGUGCUGCGUCUCCUUCUCCGCCUUCUACAACGACUCGGUGGUGCCCUGCAACACCUGCGCCUGCGGCUGCGGCAGCGACACAGCGACGUGCGAUCCGGACGCGCGCGCCAUGCUGCUGCCGCCCGAGGCGCUGCUCAUCCCGUUCGAGAACCGGACGGCCAAGGCCCGGGCCUGGGCGAAGAUCAAGCACUGGCGCGUGCCCAACCCUAUGCCCUGCGGCGACAGCUGCGGCCUCAGCAUCAACUGGCACGUCAUCAACAACUACAAGUCCGGCUGGUCGGUGCGCAUGACCAUCUUCAACUGGCAGGACUACACGUUUAAGGACUGGUUCGCCGCCGUCACCAUGGGCGACCACUACAGCGGCUACGAGAACGUCUACUCCUUCAACGGCACCAGGAUGGACGCCCCCUUCAACAACACCAUCUUCAUGCAGGGCAUCCAGGGGCUCACCUACCUGGAGCCCAUCACCGACGGCAAGUCGUCGGCGGACCCCAGGGUGCCCGGGAAGCAGCAGUCCGUCAUCUCCUUCAAGAGGAAGGACGCGCCCAACAUCAACAUUGGGAAGGGGGAAGGCUUCCCCAAGAGGGUCUACUUCGACGGCGAGGAGUGCGCGCUCCCCGAUAGGAUACCCAAAGUGAACAGCGCGCACCGGCGGGCCGGGGCGCCGAGCCUCGGGCAGGUUGCCAUGGCGGCGGCGCUAGUGAUGGCCGUGGCACUUCUGGAUUCCGUACGCCUAUGA